AUGAAUAGUCAUUAUUAUUUCCUUGUCUACCUUCUGGUGAUCUUGACCAUCGCUAAUGGAAAUUUAGCAGCAGAUGCUGAAAAACCUCAACCUGUAGACAGCAAAUCAUCACCAGCAGACAACUCUACGAAGAGCAUGAUAAAGAGUCUUGGUCCAUCUCAAGAUUAUCCCGAUUAUGAGAUCCCUAUAGAACUUGCACCUGACGGUAUCGAGGUGGUGGGUGAUUACGUGCCUAUUAGCCCAACCCAAGGACUUGCACAACCCGAAGAAGAUAUGAAUGAAAAGUCGCCGUCUAGCUCCGUCUCUAGAUCUUCUUCAACCGUUUUGAGCGUUGCUGUUGCUGCGGCGGGAGGAGCCAGCUUGUUUUUCUUUUGA